CAAAGGCAGCCUUUGACGCACAAAGAUCCAUUUCCUACGGGGUUUUUGGAUGUCUGCUGUUUAAAAAAACAUCUUGGAGAUAGAUUGUCGACCUACACAUGCACAUUCCCCCCACCGUGGUGUAAUGUGAAUAUAUUAGGAUGGACGAAGGUUCCUCCGAGCAGCCCGGUCCAUCUCUCCCCUUCCCCGCUCUGCGCCUUCUGGUUCCACCAAUUCGCCUGGUCUCUGCAGCCAUCUGGCAGACGAUAGAGCACAAGAUUGUAUUGGAUUAUGGACUGCUUGAAGAGUUUGUGUUUAUGGUUACUGAAAUUGUUCCUCAACUCCUUUCAACCAGGCAACGCGCGGAACUAAUUUUGGGUCUGCGUGCACGGCUCAUCUUGGAGCUUUGCCGCUCUGAGGAAACUGCUAACAUCCAGACCAUUCAGCCACACCUUGACCGUAUGCAAUGCCUCCAAUCACUGUGGAAAGUAGAGACUGGUAAUGAAGCACCAGACAUUUCAGAAUCUCAUUUUAUGACCCUCGCACGAAAUUUGCUGAGAAAUUCAGAGGAGAGAAAAAACUUUUUUCAAGACAUUUUUCCUGGAGACUUUGGUCCCACAUAUGACAAAGCAAUCCAGACAUUGAUGUGGCUGUUUCUGUCCAGGCUCGAAAAGCUUAUUCCAAGCCAGUCUCUCCAACAGAUUGCAUCUUUGCUAAGUGAUUCCUCUUCAGUUCUGAGACAGUGUAUGGAGUCUUUUACUGCGUCUCAGGGGCUCAGAAUUGUGUUGGACACGCACAAAGACCUCACCCAGUUGGAGGAUGUUGACUCUUGUGAGGUUGAUAGUGGCAUCUUAUCCGCACUAUGUUUUCCUCCUGCGGAAAGAGAUGUAAUCAUCAAUCAGCAAGCAGGAACAGACCCAGAGACUGGUGUGGUUUAUACAGACUGUACAGAGAUGGAGGUCGAGUCAGUCAACAAAAUGCCAUUUUCAGAAGCAAACGUGCAAAAACCGUGGGUGGGAAUUGGCCACGAAGAGAAGCCAGACGUUGUUACAAAGGCCGUUCCAGAAAGUACAGGGGCCGAUGAUUGUGAAAUGGAAGACCACCAUGACAACCUAUCCGAAACUCUGAUCAUUGGGGAGGAUGGCAAGGUGACGGUGCUUGAUAGCUUAGUAAAGACUCCUAAUAGACGUGGGAGAAAAAAGAAGCGUCUUGAUGAUGAAGAUUUUCAAAUGCCGGCAGGUGCAAGGGAUCCAGACUGUGAUUUGCUGAAAAGACCAGUGCGAAAGAAUCGCGGACUCAAGAUGAAACGGCUCCUGUCACAGUGGAGGAAAUCUGGAAGGACACCAGCCACCAGCAGUAGUAACAGUAGUCCAAAAAGGUUUUCGAGCUCUCUUGUGUCACCCAAAGGCAAUGACUUGGACGAGAGAACGUGCAACGUGUGUGGUAAGGUGGUUAGCCAUGCCAAAUUCUUGGAACGCCACAUGAGUCAACACACGGAAGAGCUGACUUACUCUUGUGCAGUGUGUCAAAGAAGUUACAAGAACUUCCGCUUCUUACAGCAACAUAAAUGCCAAAGUGUGACGAAAGAGACCGACGCCCAGAAAGAGAACACAGAGACUGCGGGAGAAGAGGAUGAUAAGUCAUCCAUCCUUAUUUGUGAGCCAGACAAUGAAGCGCUGCCUGCAGACAACACUGCAGACGACCCUGAUUACAUACCCGGUGAAGAAAAGAGGUCUUCCAAAGAAUUGGGACAAAAAAGCCCAGAGGACGCUAAAAAUAUCCUUGAUGGUCCAUUCUAUUGUCCCCACUGCAGCGUGGAGUUCAAGUGCAAGCAGACGUUUAGGUUUCAUUUAAGAAACAUCUGUUACAACGAGCAACAGGUAGAUCCGGAUCAACCCGAAGAUGUUAGACAUUGUUUCCGGUGCAAUGAAUGCGACAAGGCCUUCAAGUACAAAUCAACCUUGGAUUCCCACAAACAAACCCACAACCCACUGUACUGCGAGGUUUGCAUGAAACUGGUGCGUGACUCUGAAGCGUUGGCCAUGCAUAAAGAGUCACACACGCCGUUUCAGUGCAACCAGUGUGAGGAUAACUUCCCUGUGUUUAAGGCACUGCAUAAGCACUACAUAGAUGUCCAUAAUCCCACAGAGCCUUUCACAUGCACCCACUGCCAGACAACAUUUGCCAGUUUGAAGCGUUUCAUCAGACACGAGUGGAAACACACUGGCUACCAGCCAUUCCAGUGCCCCCACUGCUCGAAAAGAUUCCGAUCCUACUCAGACCUUGUUGAGCACCAGAAGAAACACACUAAGGCUUAUCCGUUCCUUUGCUGGGAAUGUGGCAAGAAAUUCCGACACGGUGUCACGCUGACGAGGCAUGUUGAGCGUGUGCAUCAGUCUGGCGAACUUGUCAGUGAUAAAGCUUUACCAACGUUUGCCUGUGGUCAGUGCGGGAAAAGCUUCACCUCAAGGAGGUGCCUCCUGAAACAUGAUAACUUCCAUCACAAAGGCAUGCGCUUCCCCUGUGAGCAUUGUGGAAAGGGUUUCUUCGGUAAAGAUGCACUAGUGAGGCAUACUUUGAUCCACACGGGUGAAAGGCCUUUCAAAUGUGAUGACUGCGACAAGUCUUUCCGAUCCUCUGCAGAACUUAAAAUCCAUCGCAGAUACCAUACCGGGGAAAGGCCGUUUAAGUGUGAAAUCUGUGAAAAGGGUUUUGUCCAGUCCUGUUUUCUCACGCUACACAUGCGAACCCAUACUGGAGAGAGGCCGUAUGUUUGCACUGUCUGUAGCAAAGCGUUUUCCAGUUUACACGGCCUAAAAAGACAUCGCAGGCUUGUCCAUGCAUAGUUAACACAAACAUGGAUUCGGCCUUAUUAUAACAAGACAUGAUUUUGGGAGACUGUUGCUCAAAACGUGUUGCUUAUGAAUACUUGAGGCACAGAGACAAAAGUGGUGUUUGGGGGGGAUUAGAAUUAGGGUUAACAGGAAGUUGUCAAAUUGUGCUUCCUGUGUUUGUCACAGCGUGGACUGUAAAGAAUUUACGAAAGUGUAAAAUGCUUCAAUAAUGUAACUGUAUUUUUUACAGAAAUGUUUGCUGUAGUUCUACAUAAGGUUAGUAUGUACAAAUGAUAAGACAUUUUCUUUGGGAAUAAAUUCUUUUUUCUUCAACA